AUGGUGGACUGCGACAUUCGCCUGGAGGCUCUGUCGAUGCUAUGCAACGCUCGGGUGACCUCCCGCCAGGCUCGGCUGUCAGGUCAGGGCCCACGCGUGGCCUCCGCCUCGCCUAUGUCCGUGCUGGGUUUCGUGUCGGCGGCCAUGGGCCGCAGUCACCCUUGCAGAAAGGUGACGACGCUGUGCGUGUGUAGCGGCGAGGGCCUGGUGAUCGACGAGGACGAGUUCUUCGACAGCCGGUACGACUUUGACUUCAGCAACCUGAAGGACACGGGCACCUUCUACCGAGGAGGCGAAGUCUACCGCAGGCCCUGCGGCUGGCUGCGCUUUGCUCUCAAGGUCUGGGACAAAUAUCCAGACGGUAACGCUUGGCUGGGCGAGCGCGGCUACAGAACCACCACCUACUCCAUACCCGGAGAGUGGCCCGUGUCCUACCACGGCACCUCCAAGAACGGAGCCAGGGCCAUCAUCGUCACCAAUUAUCAGCCCGGUUCGGGUCAAAAGUUCGGUCGCGGUGUGUAUUCGACGCCCUACCUGGAGCACGCGGUGCAGUACACCCGGACGUUCCAGUCGAGCGUGACGGGCAAGAAUUACCGCGCGGUCAUGCAGAACCGCGUCAACCCGGCCUACCGCGAGAGGCACAACGACGGCGUGUACUGGCUGCUGCCCGUUCCCGACGGCCUGACGCAGGAGCAGGAGCGGGAUCUGGUGGAGAAAGCCAUCCGGCCCUACGCCGUGCUCAUCAAGCCGCUUUGAGCGCAAAAGCUACACAACACGAUGAAAGAUGAAACGCUCCUUGUCCCCCGGGCUCUCCAUGGUCACAGAUGCUGCAUUCAAUAAAUGAUUUGUAAAUGACUAACAAUAAAUAUUCGA